GAUUCGCCCUGCGACGGCACCCAGAUCUCGCCAUGACCCUGCUCUACAUCGGCACCGACACCUCGGCCAAGCUCUCUGGAUCGACUUUGAUCCUGCCCGCCGCAAACAACAUCGGCAACAUUGGACAGCUUGCCAUCGACUUGAUUGUGUCCACCUACGGCUUGAAGCGAGUCGGAUUCCUGGAAUCGCCGUGGGUUCUGCCGCUGGCCGGAAACGAUGCGUACGCCAAACCGGGUGAUCAGGCGGGUGUGCUCCAUACCAGCUUUGAAGUCUAUCAAGAUGCCGACUCGCUACUGACCGUGGUCCAACUGCGGUCGCUUGUGAUCAAGACCAAGAUCGACCUGUUUGCCAAGGAUCUGCAAGACUGGAUCGAGCAGAGCGAAUUCAAGCAGGUCGUUCAGCUCACUGGCUGCGAUGCCCGACGACGCUUGGAUCCGCAGAUCCAGAGCGUGCCAGUUCGAUUUGCCUGGGCGAACCAGCCUACCAAGAUUUUUGAAAAUGAGGUGGCCGCAUACGGCUGGAAGGCUCUUGAGCCUGUGGAUCCUUCUGCGCUUGAUGGGGCUGUCAACCAUGCCAUUCCACCGGGAGCCGGGUCCACCCGCUAUCUCUUGGAGCACUUUGGGUCGUCAACUGUCCCGAUCAUUGCCGUGAUCUGGUUUGCUUCCGAAGGAGACAACAUCCCCGACGCCGUCAAUCUGGCUGGAUUUGCAGAUACGCUGCUGCAUGGUCCCAAAGAUACGCCCAUCCAGUGGAAGCCCCCACACUCUUGGAACCUCCUGUUCGGCGGUCGGCUGUUCACCCGCGAGCUAUUCCAGUAGGAUCCCGGUCUUGCUCGUUCUGGCGGAGUAUGUCAAUACAUAGCCCUUCCAAAUGGCCCGGGUGCAUCCCUUCGACCUUGGAGCCGAGUCAAUGCGUUUGGCAGUUUGUGUGCCAGAAAACAUUGUAUUCAGGGGGGAAUGGGACACCUGCCCACAACCCAUUUGUCAGCGUAGUAUGCGAUGGCAUGCGUCUAACUAUGCCAUAAGAAAUACAACAGAUCACUUUGGCAGCCUCCGAGUGAAGACCACCGGUCGCAGUGCAGCGAUG